CGGAACUACAAGCGCUACGGUGCAGCGCAGCCGCAGUAUGUUCGGUGGGGUCGAAAAAGAGCAUCCUGAAUGAUUCCUGAUCCCUGCGGUUGUCGACGGAAACGUUAGGAGAUAAACGUUAUCCAGGAAAGAACUGGGAUUUCAAAAUGGCAGAUCGGGUUAAUAACUUUCCUCCAUUGCCCAAGUUCGUGAGAAUAAAACCAUGCUUUUACCACAACAUUGAAGAGGAAAUCCCUGCACCCCACCAGCAGUUGGUGCGCCGAGUCUAUACGCUUUGGAUGAUGUAUUCAGGCACGCUGUGCAUGAAUGUGAUCUCAUGUAUUGCUUGGUGGGCUGGGGGUGGAAGUGUCAUCAACUUUGGCUACUCCCUACUGUGGCUCUUCCUCUUCAGCCCUUGCAGUUACACCUGCUGGUUCAGACCACUCUACAAAGCCUUCAGGGCCGAUAGUUCGUUCAACUUCAUGGCCUUCUUCUUCGUCUUCUUCCUUCAGUGUGUGUUGGCCCUCGUCCAGGCAAUCGGCUUCUCUGGCUGGGGAGUAUGCGGCUGGAUUGUGACUGUGAUGUUUUUCGGCCAAAAUGUGGGCUCAGCUAUAGUGAUGCUUAUCACGACUCUGCUCUUCACUCUGGUGACUGCUUUAAUGGCUGUGGUUCUCAUUAAGGUGCACAGACUGUACCGUGGAGGUGGCGGUAGUUUGGAGCGCGCUCAGGAAGAGUGGAGCACCGGGUUGUGGAAGAGUGCACCAGUGAGGGAAGCAGGGUUCAACGCUGUUGCUCAGACGGCCCAAGGCCCGAGCUUGCCCCAGUACCCUGCCGCAGUGCCGAGCUACCCCAACAACAGUCACUGGUGAUAGCUCAGAGUCACCUCUAGAUGGAGACAGACAGCAGGUCAUUUCUGUGGUGCACAAGGGAGCACUUCAAAGCACUAAAUCAUUUCACCCUUACAUGACAAAAUGCAUAAUGUAUUUUUAUUUUUAUUUUUUAAUGAGAGGAUAAGAUUGCUAUAAAAGUUUCAUCAAAGAGUUUUGGCACCAAAUCUCAUUAAAGCCCCACUCUCAUAAAAAGAGGGUUAUCUUCUAAAUGUACCAUUCCAUUUCAACUUUGUUUACAUGUAGUUUAUUAAAAUGACUGAGAAAGAAAUACAAUUUUAUGCUUGAAAGAAAUGUAUUUAGGAAAAUGUACAGUCUUGCAAAUAUGCAAUUGGAAACCCAAGAAGAGUGUGAACUGUUUGAGGAUAGCAGCAUAAGAAGGAUGUGUGCCUUAUGGACCUUUUUUAUGAUAGAAUUGUUUUAUGUAUUUGCCAGAUCUGCAUGCUAGAAAUCAUAGUAUGCUAAGGACCAGAUUUUUUUUCUUGAGCAACAGGAGAACGUCUGCAAACUGCACGAUUUUUAUCUGGUGGAAUUCUUGUGUAAUGUAAUACGUGUAUUCUGAGUUCAGUUUAUUUUUGAUACGUUUUGCUUCAUAUCGCCAUGCUUUCCUGCUUUGGCUGUGAUUUCUUGACUUGCGCCUUAAUAUUGCGUGCAGACUUUGCAUGUAAAAAAUAUCUUGCUUGACUUUUGCCUUAACAAGUGCUGCUUUUUUGUCAAACUGGACUUAUGCUUCAGUGAAACAAUGUGUGGCAACAUUUCACAAGUGCAUAAUCCUGAGCGCUGAUGUGCCAAAACACUUGCCUCUUUCCUUUAUUUUGGUACUGAAAACGAUCACACCCAAAGGAGAUGUUAUUUUGUACUCUGUUUCAGUAUUUAGUUUCUGAAGUUUCAAAAGCUACACUGUUUGCUUUUAGUGGUCAGCGCCCUGCCGUGAAAGCACCUUAUCAGCUGUUGCCAAUGUUACUUUCACUUUCCCUCAGAUAGACUGAAUUUUUUUGUUUAGUGACUGCAGUGUGCUUGCAUGCAGCCUAUCGUGGGAGUGGGACUGAACAGGAUUAUUUCAAACUGACCUCAUGUAACCUAAACGGACUCAACUGGCUGACUGAAACAAUAACUGCAAAUGGGUCAGCAGUCUAGUGAAAUUUUGCAUGUAAGUCACAAUCUUUUUAAAUGCAGUCUGAUAGUCCAAGUAUGAACUAAUUUACUUAAUUGUCUUUUAUUGUAAUUGUCUUUACUUUAAUUGGAACUAAUUGUCAUUCCAACAAGCCUCUUUUAAGAAUCUGAUUAAACCCAAUGAAUUGUGACUUUUAUUUUGGCUCAAUGGUCCAGUCAAACCUAUAUGAUGUGUAAGCACCGACUGGAAGUUAAAGGUGCCUGCCUCAUAGUUUUGACUAUUUUUCUUUUCUUACAAAGAAACAAAAGUGUCCUUCAUGGCCAAUUGCCAAGAUUGGUAUUUUGAUUUUUCUCUGUUAUUUGGUAAGUGACAAAAUAAAAUGGAUAUGUUAAAGCAACCUUUACAUUUUGCAACAUUUCAAUAAAUAUACUUCUUCCCACCGUG